AUGACCCCUAGUGGCAGUGAAAGGCAGUUCUAUACAGUUCUGGAUCAGACGGAUGCUGUUGCGGGGUAUACACAAAAAGGUGUUGAAUUUCUAGAAAGAAUAGGUGUUUUCGCAAAGGAGCGGGCCCUUAUUGAGGAGGAGUAUGCCGCCAAAUUGAGAACUUUAGCCAAAAAAUCUCUCGGUAGAAAAAAGGAAGAUGAAGAAGCGGCUAAACAUUUCACUUACGUGAGGUCGUUUGCAAAUUUACUCCACGAAUUGGAGCUACUUGCCGGUCAACAUGAGUUGAUGAAAUGUCUUAUCGGGAACAAUUUUGCCUUUCCAAAGGCCUUCAAGUGGAGACCUUUGUAUAUCGGUAGAGUUUGGGAAUAUGUUCACGAAUGUAGGAACCAAAAUUGCGAAAUGAGUUUUCUGAGCAGAUUUGCGCAACAAAAGUCUAUUUGUAAGUCGUGUCAAUUUAAAAGGUGGGAUCGCUUACAACAUCGUCUUCGAAGAUUGUGGUUUUGCCUGUGUCAAUGCGUGAAAAUCUGA